AUGACUGUCGCCACUCUUAGCAACGCUGGUGAGAAAAACUUUGAAAUGCCAACUGUCGAAAAACAAACCCUAUCUGACUCUCGAUUAACUCUCCGAUACACCGAGCUGAACAGCGAUGCAAAGAUGCCAACCUACGGAUCACCAUCGGCUGCUGGAGCAGAUUUAUACAGUGCAGAAGACGUUGUCGUUCCGUCCAACGGAAAAUACUGUGUAUCCACAGGCCUCCAGCUAGAGAUCCCGAUCGGAUACUACGGAAGAGUUGCGCCUCGAUCAGGAUUGGCUGCCAAGCAUUUUAUCGAUGUCGGAGCUGGAGUCAUCGACAGCGACUACCGUGGAGAAGUCAAAGUUCUCCUUUUCAAUUUCAAUGCUACUGAUUUCGAGGUUAAAAAAGGUGAUCGCAUUGCUCAAUUGAUCUGCGAACAAAUCGGCAACGGAACAUAUGCAGAAGUGACGAAUCUCGAGACAACUGAUCGUGGUACCGGGGGAUUCGGAUCUACUGGACAAUCCGCCAUGACUGUUCAAUACAAUACAACUGCUUCCACAUCCAAACGGAUUGCCGUUCGAUUCACUCAACUCAAUGAAAAUGCGCAUGCUCCUACUUAUGGAUCGGAAGAAGCGGCCGGAGCAGAUCUGUACAGCGCCGAAGACGUCGUAGUUCCAGCUAACAGCAAGGUGUGCGUGUCAACUGCAAUCCAAAUGGAGUUACCAUUCGGAUACUAUGGAAGAGUUGCUCCACGAUCCGGUCUCGCAGCCAAGCACUUCAUUGAUGUUGGGGCUGGUGUUGUUGAUAGUGAUUACCGUGGAGAGAUCAAGGUCCUUCUUUUCAACUUCAGCAAAACUGACUUUGAGGUGAAGAAGGGUGAUAGAAUUGCACAGCUCGUCUGUGAGAAAAUCGCACAUUGCGUUUAUGAAGCAGCAAGCGAGUUGGAGAACACUGACCGAGGAGAUAAUGGAUUCGGAUCAACUGGAGAAAGUGCCAUGGAAAAUGAGCCAGUCGUGAAAAAAGUGAAAACCAAUCAGUCUGAAACUGGCCUAAUUUCCGUCUCAAUCGAAUUCACUAAAAGCACUGAAAAUGCUCACAUGCCUACAAAUGGAUCAGAAACGGCAGCCGGCGCAGACUUAUACAGUGCUGAAGACGUCACUGUACCGGCAAAAGGCAAACUCUCUGUAUCGACAGGAAUCCACAUGAAACUUCCACUUGGAUACUACGGAAGAGUCGCCCCACGAUCUGGACUCGCCGCUAAGCAUUUUAUCGAUGUUGGAGCUGGAGUUAUUGACAGUGACUACCGUGGAGAAGUCAAAGUUCUUCUUUUCAAUUUCAACGAAGCCGAUUUUGAGGUCAAAAAAGGAGAUCGUAUUGCACAGAUCAUCUGUGAGCAAAUUGCUUUUUGCGACUAUCAGAAAGUCGACACUCUCGAAGACACCGAACGUGGUGCUGGUGGAUUCGGGUCGACUGGAAAGUAA